AUGAAUCCUGACAAUGAAAGCAAACAAGAAAGACUUCGAAUAAGGAGGGAUCGAGACACACAAGCAAGAGCCCAAGAAACAACUGAAGAGAAAGAAGUCAGGCUAGCCAAACGCAGAGAAAAGCACAGGGCACUCAAGAUUCAAGGUACUACCAUUGCACUGGAUGCCAAUAGAGCAUCCCAGCAACUGAGACGGGACACAGAGACUCCUGAGGCCAGGCAGAUACUCCUGAGGCCAGACAGGCACGCCUACAGCAAAUGGCUGCUUCAACUCAAACCAGCAGAGCCUCGGGGAAAGGAGGCCACAGAGAGUCACUCUGAAGGGAGAGGAGGCAGCGGGGAAAAAAGACGGGGGUGCUCUCAUAUCCGUUUCAACGUUUGUUGUCUCCAUUCUCAAACAACGAGCAUCACUCGAUGCAUAGCAUUAUCACUAUUCCCAUUGAGCAUCUACGAGAAGGAGCCGACAUCCAUCAUCGCCUUUGCUCUGAGUUCCCGGGAGUAUUUACGCAAACUAAAACUGCUUCAGGAACGGACUGCUGUUAAAUUGAGCAGAGCUUCAGUAAAGGUCACAGAGGUCAAACCAGCACCCACUUCAAGCCCUAAACCUUAUUUCAAGUUUCCUCAACCAUUUUAUAAGAAACGACAUACGAGUGAUUCCGAGAAAGGACUACCACCUGGUGCUAAUGCAGCCAAUAUCAAGACAAACCUGAAAGCCGUCAUAAACGAACUCAAGAAGAAGGGAUCGGGUAUUAGCCUCUUCUCUGGUUCAGCGUCAAUUCAAACCGCACCUGAGGCACUAGAAACCUCGUCCAAGAAGGCAGAACUCACGACCAGCUUCUCUGUGAAGUCAUAUAACCCGAGCAUAGCGUCAUCAUGGUUGAGCGACCCGUCUACGGAGGGGGUGGGGCCUAAUGUUGGACUAGGUGGAGCUGAUGAAAUAGACUCUGGGAAAACAACGUCACAUGUCAGUUUAGAGUUCACUAGUCCUGACAAGUUAGCCAGUUUCUUCUGCAAGGUCUACUAUGCUGAGAAGUUCAGAGAAUUGAGGGAGCUCAUCUUCCCCAGUGGAGAAGAGAGUUUUAUUUGUUCACUGUCUCAUUGUAUCAAGUACGAUGCUAAAGGAGGAAAGUCGAGAUCAGCUUUCUGCAAAGUAGCAGAUGAUAGAUUCAUUCUGAAGCAGGUCAAGUCAAUAGAGAUAUCAUCAUUCGAGCUCUUUGCUCCUCACUACCUCAAGCACGUCACAAAGGCUCUGGAAGAUAAGAGACCUUCACCUUGGCCAAGAUCCUCGGUGCAUACAGUAUUGGGUUCCGCAACUCUCGUACCGGUUCCUCAAAGCGAUUGGAUGUUCUAGUGAUGGAGAACCUCCUCUACGAGCACAGCAUCAACAAGGUGUUUGAUUUGAAGGGCUCCAUGAGAAGUCGAUUCAUUGAUCCAUCUAAAGAGAGCAGUGGCGACGUACUGUUGGAUGAGAACUA